UAUCGGGUCAUCUGAGGCCAAACUAGAACACGUCAUCCCAAACAGGAUCCUUGGAGUCUGGAGAGGAUAUAAGGCGGGCCGACUGGACCUCUGCACCUUUGUGAAGACGUGUGAACUGAACAAUGAGGGCUGUUGGUUUGCUGCUGCUGCUGCUGGCUCUGUGUGGGUCAGGAGCUCAGGGGGAGCUUCAGGAGACGGAGACCACAAAGACAACCACACCUGACAUCUGGGCGGAGAUGAGGGCUCUGAGAGACAUGGUGGUGGAGCUCAAUGUGCACGUGGAUCUGCUGCAGAGAGAGAACUCAGACCUGCAGAAAAGACUGAGCAGCAGUGAGAGUGAAAUUCUCACCAGCAAGUCCAGGAUCGAGACGGUGGAGAGAGAAAACACAGACCUGCAGACCAGACUGAGCAGCAGUGAGUCCAGGACCGAGACGCUGGAGAGAGAAAAUACAGUCCAAGAAACUCGACUGACUGCCACCGAGAGCAAAACAAAUGACCUAGAAACAGAGAACGCAGAGCUGCAGACCAGACUGAGCAGCAGUGAGAGUGAACUUCUCAUCAGCAAGACCAGGAUCGAGACGCUGGAGAGAGAAAAUACAGAGAGGAAGGUGGCCUUUUACACAGGUCUGACUGAUUCAUAUAAUGUUGGACCGUUCAACACAGCCACCACACUGAUUUACAGCAAAGUCUUCACCAACAUCGGCGAUGCUUACAAUCCAUCUACAGGUUUCUUCACAGCUCCAGUCAGAGGGGUCUACUACUUCCAGUUCACUAUGGGUGAUCUCCGAGCAGGUUACAUGGGUGUCUAUGUGUACAAGAACAACCAGAAGAUCAUGUAUAAUUAUGAGGUUAAGGAAGGGGCAGGUUAUGAUUAUAUGACUAACUCUGUUGUCUUGGAGCUGAUGGCAGGAGAUGAAAUCCACCUCGUUCUCCCAGAGGGCUUUCAUCUCUAUGACGAUACAAACAACCAGAACACCUUCAGUGGCUCCCUCCUCUUCACACUGUGAGGAUCCUUCAGCUGCUGUCUGACUCCUUAUUGGCUACACCAGGGGCACACAGCAAAACCAGGAGUGUUAAUUCAACUCACAGUUUAAUACAGAGUGUUAAAUUUAACACUUUUUCUGAGUUUAUAUAGUUCUCAGGGAUUCUGAGUUAAUUAUCAUAGCUUACUAAAGUCUACGGCCUGGUGCCUAAACUUCUACAUUUUGCCAACUUCAUGUCAUGUUUUGUGUUUCCCUUUCAAUUCUAAAACUCCUGAGACAUUUCUUUGGUUCUUGCUACAUUCUGACAAAAUCAUAUUAAUAAAUGCUCAUUAGGCCCUAUUAGUAAUAAUGGUAGUCUAACUUAGACUUAGUAGGCUGUUUUAUCUUCAUUGUAAGGUCUAAAAUAAGGUUUGUGGCUCCAUUCCAACAUUUUGUCACUUUUUUCUGGCCAACAAUGGCUUUUUAGUUAGUAAAGGUUGCCCUAACCCUGGGCUACACUGUGAUUUACUGCAUGUACCAAAUAAUGAGAUUCUGCAUCUGACUUCUCUGUUGUGUCAUCACAUGAA